AUGGCAAGCAGUGAGGCGCUCUCACACAGUAAAAAAUUACAAAAUAUUUCAGAAAUAACGAAUUAUCAAGAAAUAUUCAAAAAUUCAAUGAAAUGCGUGUGUUAUGCCUCACAUUUAACAAGAAAUGCACCAAUUAUUAAUCCUUCAAUUAAAUCCGACUUGUCCCCAGUGACGGUAUACGAUAUAAUCAUACAAAUGAUAUUCUGUAAGUUUCUAGAUGGAUUUCCGGUUACAAUUGUAACAGAAGAAGAGAAUAACGAAUACUACAACAGGAUAUACACAGAUAUACAUAAUAAUACAACAGAAGAGUAUAUUUAUAUAAGGGAAUUCCUUAAACAGAAUAAGAUAGUACUUAAUAAUACGAGUAGAAGGGUAUUUACACAGUCAUUUAUAAGCAGUGAUAAUAUUACAGUAAUAUUAGACCCAAUUGAUGGUACAAAAGGGUUUAUUAAUGGCCGGUCUUAUUCAACUGUUGUAUCCUGUGUAAAGAGUGAUAAAGUACUGUUUUCUAUUAUAUCCUGCCCUAAGGAAGGUAUUAUUUACUAUAAGUGCAAUAUGGCAGGAUCAGAUGGGUUACUUCUGGGGUAUCCACACAGGAAGCGGGUUAAGACACUCUAUAUUAAUAAGUCAUUUAAACCCACGUAUAAAAGGUUCAUAAAGAGUUUAUCACUGCGUAUAGGCAUAUCAGCAGAGAGUGACCAUUCAAAUAGUAUACAGAAUGAGUUUAUCAGUAGGAUUAGUCAGGUGUACACAGUGCAUGUAAAGAAGUUAGAUGGCCAGAGUAAAUAUGCCUGUGUUGCUGUGCAGAAGUUAGACUUAUUCAUUAGGAUACCCAGGACCAGAAUAACAGAGAAAGUAUGGGACCACUGUGCUGGUAUAGAUAUGAAUGACCUGUCAAUUGUUACUGAUUUAUACGGCAUACCGAUUACACCGUGCACUCCUCCUGUUUAUGGCGUAAUUGCAUCGCACUCUUCAAUCUUUCAUAAUUUAUCAAUUAGUCUAUUGAAAGUCUUACUGAAAGAUUUUAAUUUAUGA